AUGAUGCGUUUUCUUUUACUCGCCACUCUUCUCCUUUGCUCGCUUCGGGUGGAGGGAAGUGAGGUUGUGGCAGCCACCGAUAAAAAUUUUGACAGCGUCAUUGCAAGGAGUAAAGUUGCGCUGGUGAAGUUUUACGCUCCGUGGUGUGGACAUUGCCAGAAGCUUGCCCCGGAAUGGGAAAAGGCAGCCAAGGAAAUUCCCAGCGAGGCGAUCAUGGUGGAUGUCGAUUGCACGAAAGAGAAGAACUUGGCCAAGAAAUACUCUAUUCAAGGUUUUCCCACAAUUAUUCUCUUCCGGGACGGUGAAGAGGUGGAACAUUACAAGGGGGCCCGCAAAAGCACUGAUCUUAUCAACUACGUGAAGGCAAACGUUGGGCCCGCAGUCGUUUACCCAUCGAGUGCUGAAGAGCUGGCAAAGCUAAAGGAAGAGCAUGAUGCUGUAUGUGUGGGGGUGACCUCGGACACAGAAUCUGCCCUUUCAAAGGCGUUGGAAACUUCUGCAAAGAACCUAAGGAUGAAGUUGAAGUUUGCAGUUAUCACAGAUUCAAAGAUCCUCCCCGAGGAGAAACUGGAAUCUAUCGUUGUUUUCAGAAAGGGUGGGGAAAAAGAGAUUUAUGAAGGGGCGAUGGAGGUAAAGGAGUUAAAUUCAUUCUUGGCGGUUUCCUUCCUGCCGUUCGCGGGGGAGAUCAACCCGAAGACGUACAUGAAUUACGCUGCCAUAUCAUUUCCGGUGGGCUGGGUCUUAUUGAAACCGAGCGGGGAGGAGUCGCAGGAGCUGAAGCCCAAACUUGUGGAUUUGGGAAGGAGAAUGCGCCGUCAGGUGGUGCUCCUUUGGGCAGAUGCAGACCAAUACGGGGUGGCAUCAAGCCUUGGCCUCCCGGAGGAUGCAAAAUAUCCUGCGUUUGCGAUUGUUCAAGGUGAAGAUCACUUUGUUCAUCCGUCUGCUGAACCGGUGACUGCAGAAAGCAUUGAAAAGUUUAUUGUGGGGUUUUCUGAGGGUAAAAUAACCAAAGAGAUCAAAUCUCAGCCCAUACCUGAAGUUGAAACGGUUGAGGGGUUGACCACUGUCGUGGCAAAGACAUUAGAUAAGCACCUAUCAUCUGGAAAAGACAUCUUGAUUGAGUUCUUUGCUCCAUGGUGUGGUCACUGCAAGAACUUGGCUCCAACGUACGCGAAGUUGGCAAAAGAGCUUGAGUCCUCGAAUGUUAUCAUUGCGGCCAUGGAUGCUACCGCCAACCACGUCAACCAGUCCGUUUUUGAGGUUUCUGGGUUUCCGACCAUAUACUUCGUUCCCCAUGGGAAAAAGCCAAUCAUCUACGAGGGAGAACGCAGUUUCGAUGACAUGUACAAAUUUGUACGUGAGCAUAGCUCAGCUUUAAAGGAUGCACCGAUCCCAGAAAAAAUCAAGAAUGAGAAUAAGGAAAAGAAUGGGGAUGAGGGCGAUCUCUAG